UCGAUCUUGUCCACACACACGACGAGAACUGGUUUUAGGCAGUUCCGGAACUGUUUAAGAAUUAAGAUGAAUGAUUUCUAGAAUUCUUCUCAUAUCACAUCCACUCCUACUACAGAUUCGAUGAUAUUAUUGUCUUUCAAGCGAACAGAUGCUGGAUUCAAUCAUACCAAGAAUAAGAAGUUGACUUCAUAAAUCGUCUGACUCGACAUGCUCGACGUCUCGAGUCGAGUCUGAUUGAGUGAUUGUGUCCGAGUUCAGCCGAUCGGCUAGGGCCUAGGCGUAGGCCGGCCUGACGUUAGGAGCGAGCAGGAGAGUGGAUACGGUACUGUAUGUGUAUCUGCUUCUGUCAAAACGACUGGGUAUCUACUAGCACAAAAACCAAGAUUUAACUUUCAGAACAAGUCACUUACUUAGUCAGUUGAUGUUGCUCUUGAAUAUGAAUCAUGUUUGCAUCUGAAUUUUUGUGCGGUGCUGUUGAGGGUUUCUAUGGAAGGCCAUGGACCCCAGAACAAAGGAGAAACUUAUUCUCCCUGAUGCAGCGUCUUGGAUUGAACACCUACAUGUAUGCUCCCAAGGAUGACUGCAAACAUCGGGCAUUCUGGAGAGAUCUAUAUUCAGUAGAAGAAGCAGAGCACCUGACAAGUUUAAUUUCAGCUGCCAAGGACCAUGACAUAUUAUUUGUCUAUGCCCUUUCUCCUGGUCUUGACAUCACUUUCUCCAAUGCCAAAGAAGUCACAUGUCUCAAUAGGAAAUUAGAGCAGGUUAGUCAGUUUGGAUGUGAAGCAUUCGCUCUACUUUUUGAUGACAUAGACACAGAGAUGUGUGUGGCAGACACAGAGGUCUUUCAAUCUUUUGCCCAUGCUCAGGUUUCUGUCACUAAUGAAGCAUUCCAGUAUCUGGGCCAACCAAAGUUUCUCUUCUGUCCAACCGAGUAUUGUGCGACCCGGGCUCAGCCUUCCGUAAAGAAUUCAGAAUAUCUUCAGACGAUUGGUAGUAAACUUCUUCCAGACAUCAUGGUCAUGUGGACAGGGGGAAAAGUUGUGUCAAAGUUCAUUACCAUUGACUCCAUCAAAGAACUAAGCUCUGUUAUCAAACGCAAGCCCGUCAUCUGGGAUAAUAUACAUGCCAAUGACUACGAUCAACAGAGAAUGUACCUAGGUCCAUACAAAGGCAGAUCUACUGAGUUAAAGCCCUAUACCAACGGUAUACUGACCAAUCCUAACUGUGAGUACUACCUGAAUCACAUAGCCCUCCAUACGUUAGCUACGUGGAAUAAAGCAGCAGGGACCGAAGGUGGCAAGAAAGAUGAGCCUCCAGGAGACAUGACAGAAGAGGCGACCAUUAGUGCAGAUGAGCAGUUAGAAACAGAAGGGAAGACCGAGCCAGGACCACGGAGACUAAGGAUAAAUCAUGGGAACUAUGAUCCUGAAUUAGCUCUCAAACUUGCCAUUGCAGACUGGCUUCCCAUGUUUCACCAACCAAAAGCAGUCCAUGCUAAGAAAGCAGCUGUGAUCCCUCCUACUGCCCCGACUCCGUUACCUGUCCCAGCCCUACCGGUGGUAGCCCCUCCUAUACAGAGUAUCAACACAUGCAUGAGUGUGACCCCUACCACAAACACUUCCUUCCCUGCAUCUCUGGAGGAGACCUCCCAGGUUGCAGCUGAAAUCCUAAAAAAGAGAGAGGCCUUUGAUCCUCUGGGGGUCGAGAACUUCAUACCUCCUUCGAACAUUGUCAACUCACUGAUCAGUCAGCCACGACCUCCAGUCAUAGAGGACACGUUAGAGCCAAUGGAAUGCAAUGGUGACAGCUCACAGACAACUGUCAUGAGGACUAAUGAUUCAGUGCCACCUAUUGUACCAACUAAAGACAGCAGUAGUAUGCCUACAAAUACAACGACAAGUAGCAAAGUAGCAGACAUAGACAUGCAUGAAGCGGAUAUUGUGGAUAAGCCUGAAGGGGAUAUUGCAGAUAAACCUGAAGGAGAUAUUGCCGAUAAGCCUGAAGGGGACAUCGCGGACAAGCCAGAAGGGGACAUUUCAGAUAAGCCACCUAUCCCUAAAGUGGUGGAAGAACCUGUAGCUACAGACUCUAGUCCUGAUGGUACAACAGACUGUGAGAUGCAAGUGGACAGUUCGUCUGAUAAUCCUCCAGUAGACAGUCAGGACAACCAGGAAAGAAAGCCACCACCAAGAGAAAAGAUCACAGAGGAAGACCUGAGUCUAAUGUGUGAACUCUUUUACUUGCCCUAUGAGCAUGGGCCAAGGGCAACUCACGAACUGGAAGAGAUCCAUUGGCUAAGGAAUAAUGCCUAUGUAGUGCGUGCAGGCAAAGGCUCUGCAAAAGGCAGUGCAGAAAAGCUGGCAGCCGAAUGGGAAGAGCGGGCCACCCAGUUCCUGAAGUUCUGUAAAGAUGUAAAGCAGCUCAUGACUCGUCUCCUCCACACUCCAAACAGAAGUCUUCUCUAUGACAUCUAUCCAUACAUGUGGGACAUGGAAAUAGCCGUCUCUAUGAUUGGAUCAUUUGUCAAGUGGCUAGCUGUUGGAGAAGUUUCUGAGAUGAGCUGUGACUAUAUGGACACCUUCUACUCAUGGUGUACGUCCAAUCACAAGAAAGCGUUCCUUAGUGGUGACAAUGAGCCCUGGAUGUUCAGGGGAGGUCUAACUGGAGAGUUUCAUCGUAUGCUUCCCCUGGACAAUGCAGCUGAUCUAUUAGUCCGCCAGCAACCCAGACAGGUCUGCAGUAGAGUCUUCACCAUUAGGCCUUUCCUUCCCAAAGAUGAGGAAGCUGUAAAUAAGAUGUUCUCACUGCAACAUGAUGGUAAGGGAGAUAUGAAGAGCUUUGAUGAGUAUCCUCAACUUCUAACGGACAAGUAUCUGGGUCACUUUAUCACAUUGAGUCCGGAAUACUGCUUUGUAUUGGAGGAGUCUGAGUGUAUCGUUGGCUAUGUGCUAGCAGCUCUUGAUGUGAAAUCCUUCCGUACCAAAGUAGAAGCUGCCUGGAAGCCUGAGCUCCAGGCUAAGUAUCCACUCCCACCGACAGACAAGGAACUCACACCUGCAGAGGAGUUGAUCAAGAGUAUACAUGAGAAGGAGCCAGAGGUGCCUGCUACCAUGUCUAUACGUCUUCCGUCCCCUAUUCUAGUUGAUAUACUGCCCUCUGUUGAGGAUCAGGACGUCGUCAAAAAUCUACUAGCGUGUGUUCUGGCUGCUCUUAAAUCUAAUGGUUCAAGUGGUGUCCACGCUGUAUUAAAGGAAGGCAACGAAUCUCAACACGAAUUCUAUGCUAAGCUCGGCUUCUUCAGGAUACCAGAGCAAGACCAGUGCAUAGAUGGAACGUCUAUCGUUGGGCGGGGAAUAUGAAAGACGGUCAUCACUAAUAGCUAGAUAGAAGCCUUUUUUUUGUUUUUACAUUUGAAGAUACCACCAGCUUCCCCAUGGUCUGAUGCAUUGUAACCCAUCUACAAUCUCUAAAAAUGGCCAUCUUUUUUAGGAGAACUUAAAAGCUCCUGGGGAGCAUUUCAUGAAAGGACAUGUCAGACGUUUUAUUCGACAAGUCCCAUGUUAUCCGACAGUUACCAUAGUAACAGUGCUUCUCAGCCAAUCAAAAUCAAGGAAAGAUGUCAGAUCUGACAACUUGUCGGACAAAAAUGUUGAUGAAACGCCCCCCUGAAGUCAUGCCGGAGGAUUAUGAUGAGAGCAAAUUUGUUACAGAAAUGUGUUAUUGAUAUAUGUUAUCUGAAAUGGGGGCUGGUCAAGAGCCUCGAAAACCCCAAAAGAAAGAAAGUAAUGUGCACCUUGUUUCUUCAUCUUGUAGGGAUAAGAUAAAGAGGAUAGGCUUAGGGUUGAAUAAGGGAGUGUUCUUCUAAGCAUCCUAUCAGCAUUUUCACUAAUUUGCUGUGAGCCAAUCAGAUGCAAGGAUUUUUGUAGCUUAUAACAGUUUCCAGUGAUUUUCAUGGAAUACUCCCCAGAUCCAUCCCCCCCCUCCCUCCGUACUGUAAUUAAUUGGCUUUCUGGAUUAGCGUUUGAUGUCUUGGGAGUUGGGUCUGUAACACAAAACUUAGCAACGAUUGUAGAACAAUUUGAACAACUGAUUGUUCUGUACAGUAACAAUACAAGUGCAUUCAGUGCAGUAACCACAGUACAUGGAAAUCCCAAAGCUUGUGUUACAUGUCCAGGUCCCCGUUGCAGAAAGAGUUGCGUUUAAACGCAAGUCAAAUAAUCAAUCGCAAG